CAACAGGUGGCUGGUGCACACCUUUGCGCAAUCUGAUCCACGCUCUUAUACGCCUGAUAAGGGUGGGCCUGCAUGCUCCGUCCUCAGCUAGAACCGUGGGACACUCGGCAGAUAAAGGACUAACUACCUCAUCCGGACCCUGGGGGUUGAGCAGAGGGAGGCGUCACCAGCUGCUGUGAGAUCAUGGCACGGAGCCCUCAGCCCUGGACCAGGGGAGAUAGCUAGGAUUCUGAAAGAACCAAGUUAUACAGGAUUAGCAUCGUUUUGUUCUUAUUUUGUUUUCUCGAAAAUUAUUUUUCAGUUACUGGUGGGGCACUUUAUAAAACAGCUGGCUUGAAUUCUAUACACGGAUUCUUAAUUGGGCCUUUGUGGGCUGUAAAUCAGGGUAAUUGAGGGUUUUUGGUUUUUUUUCCCCUUCUAUUUUUGCAAUCAGAAGUAGCUAGUGUAGGAGGAAGAGUUUUUGUGAGCUUUUCCUUUUUUCUUUGUCAAAAAGGAAAGGGGGGGGAAAAUGCAUCCACCAGAAGCCACCACCAAGAUGUCCUCAGUUCGGUUCAUGGUGACACCAACUAAGAUUGAUGACAUUCCAGGUUUGUCAGACACCAGCCCGGACCUCAGCUCUCGGUCUAGUUCUCGAGUAAGAUUUAGCUCCCGAGAAAGUGUGCCAGAAACAAGCCGUAGUGAGCCUAUGAGCGAACUGUCUGGGGCUACUACUUCUCUGGCAACUGUUGCCCUAGAUCCUUCCAGUGACCGGACUUCUAAUCCCCAGGAUGUUACGGAGGACCCGAGUCAGAACUCCAUCACAGGGGAGCACAGCCAGCUGUUAGAUGACGGCCAUAAAAAAGCCCGAAAUGCUUAUCUCAAUAAUUCCAACUAUGAAGAAGGAGACGAAUAUUUUGAUAAAAAUUUGGCACUCUUUGAGGAAGAAAUGGACACCAGACCAAAGGUGUCUUCUCUCCUCAACCGCAUGGCCAACUAUACAAAUCUGACACAAGGAGCAAAGGAACAUGAAGAGGCAGAGAACAUCACUGAAGGGAAAAAGAAGCCUACCAAGAGCCCCCAAAUGGGUACUUUCAUGGGUGUCUACCUCCCAUGUCUACAGAACAUCUUUGGAGUGAUCCUCUUCCUGCGUCUUACCUGGGUAGUGGGAACAGCUGGAAUCCUUCAGGCCUUUGCAAUUGUCCUCAUCUGCUGCUGCUGUACAAUGUUAACUGCCAUCUCCAUGAGCGCCAUCGCCACUAACGGAGUGGUGCCAGCUGGGGGCUCAUACUUCAUGAUUUCCAGAGCCCUGGGCCCAGAGUUUGGCGGGGCUGUAGGCCUCUGCUUUUAUCUUGGCACCACAUUUGCAGCAGCCAUGUAUAUUCUUGGUGCCAUUGAAAUCUUUCUGGUAUACAUUGUCCCCCGAGCUGCCAUCUUUCGGAGUGACGAUGCACUCAAGGAGUCAGCAGCUAUGCUGAACAACAUGCGCGUCUAUGGUACAGCCUUCUUGGUCCUCAUGGUCUUGGUGGUAUUCAUCGGCGUACGCUAUGUGAAUAAGUUUGCCUCACUCUUCCUGGCCUGUGUAAUUGUGUCGAUCUUGGCUAUCUAUGCUGGUGCCAUCAAGUCUUCCUUUGCUCCACCACACUUCCCGGUCUGUAUGCUGGGCAACCGUACCCUGUCAUCAAGACACCUUGACAUUUGCUCUAAGACCAAGGAGGUUGACAACAUGACAGUACCAUCAAAGUUAUGGGGAUUCUUCUGCAACUCGAGUCAGUUCUUUAAUGCCACCUGUGAUGAGUACUUUGUUCACAAUAACGUCAUCUCAAUCCAAGGCAUUCCAGGGUUGGCUAGUGGUAUCAUUACUGAAAAUCUUUGGAGUAAUUAUUUACCAAAGGGUGAGAUAAUUGAAAAGCCAUCAGCCAAGUCAUCUGAUGUCUUAGGCAACUUAAACCAUGAAUAUGUUCUUGCUGAUAUCACCACCUCCUUCACUCUGCUGGUGGGGAUCUUCUUUCCCUCGGUCACAGGUAUCAUGGCUGGGUCAAACAGAUCUGGAGAUCUGAAAGAUGCCCAGAAGUCUAUUCCCAUUGGGACCAUCCUUGCCAUCCUGACCACAUCCUUUGUGUAUUUAAGCAAUGUUGUCCUUUUUGGUGCAUGUAUUGAAGGAGUCGUUCUCAGAGACAAAUUUGGGGAUGCUGUAAAAGGGAAUUUGGUUGUAGGCACCUUAUCCUGGCCAUCCCCGUGGGUGAUCGUUAUUGGCUCCUUCUUUUCAACAUGUGGGGCUGGGCUGCAGAGCCUCACAGGUGCGCCUCGGCUGCUGCAGGCUAUCGCCAAGGAUAACAUCAUACCUUUCCUUAGGGUUUUUGGUCACAGCAAAGCUAAUGGGGAACCUACCUGGGCUUUACUUCUAACUGCUGCCAUAGCAGAGCUGGGAAUUCUCAUCGCCUCCCUGGAUCUCGUGGCCCCAAUUCUUUCCAUGUUUUUUCUCAUGUGUUACCUCUUUGUGAACUUGGCUUGUGCCUUGCAAACAUUGCUGCGAACCCCCAACUGGAGGCCUCGAUUCCGCUAUUAUCACUGGGCCCUCUCUUUCAUGGGAAUGAGUAUCUGUCUAGCUCUGAUGUUCAUUUCUUCUUGGUAUUAUGCCAUUGUAGCUAUGGUAAUAGCUGGCAUGAUCUACAAGUACAUUGAAUAUCAAGGGGCUGAGAAAGAAUGGGGGGAUGGUAUCCGUGGGCUGUCGCUCAGUGCAGCCCGCUUCGCUUUGCUCCGUCUAGAGGAAGGACCUCCUCACACUAAAAACUGGAGGCCUCAGCUGCUCGUCCUACUGAAGCUGGAUGAAGAUUUACACGUCAAGCACCCUCGCCUCCUCACCUUUGCCUCCCAGCUCAAGGCAGGAAAGGGACUCACGAUUGUGGGCUCUGUCAUCGUGGGGAACUUCUUGGAGAACUAUGGUGACGCGCUCGCGGCAGAGCAGACCAUUAAGCACCUAAUGGAGGCAGAAAAGGUAAAAGGAUUCUGCCAAUUGGUGGUGGCUGCCAAGCUGAAAGAGGGCAUUUCACACCUCAUCCAGUCCUGUGGCCUCGGAGGCAUGAAACACAACACAGUGGUGAUGGGCUGGCCCAAUGGCUGGCGUCAGAGUGAAGAUGCUCGCGCUUGGAAGACUUUCAUUGGCACAGUACGAGUGACAACUGCUGCCCAUCUAGCCCUGCUGGUGGCUAAAAAUGUCUCCUUCUUUCCCAGCAAUGUGGAGCAGUUUUCUGAGGGCAACAUUGAUGUGUGGUGGAUUGUGCAUGAUGGGGGCAUGCUCAUGCUAUUACCGUUCCUGCUGAAACAGCACAAGGUUUGGCGGAAAUGCAGCAUACGGAUCUUCACAGUAGCCCAACUAGAAGACAACAGUAUCCAGAUGAAGAAGGAUCUGGCCACCUUUCUGUACCACCUGCGCAUUGAGGCAGAAGUGGAAGUGGUGGAGAUGCACGACAGUGACAUAUCUGCCUAUACAUAUGAGCGCACCCUGAUGAUGGAGCAGAGGUCCCAGAUGCUUCGGCAUAUGCGGCUGUCCAAAACAGAGCGAGACAGGGAGGCACAGCUGGUGAAAGAUCGAAACUCAAUGCUACGCUUGACCAGCAUUGGCUCUGAUGAGGACGAAGAGACAGAAACGUACCAGGAGAAGGUGCACAUGACUUGGACCAAGGAUAAAUACAUGGCAUCCCGGGGGCAAAAGGUCAAGUCAAUGGAAGGAUUCCAGGACCUACUUAAUAUGCGUCCGGACCAGUCCAACGUGAGACGGAUGCAUACAGCAGUGAAGCUCAAUGAAGUUAUAGUCAACAAGUCUCAUGAAGCAAAGCUGGUUUUGUUGAAUAUGCCAGGACCACCCCGGAACCCUGAAGGUGAUGAAAACUACAUGGAAUUUCUAGAAGUGCUCACUGAGGGAUUAGAACGAGUCCUUCUUGUCCGGGGUGGUGGCAGUGAGGUCAUCACCAUUUACUCAUAAUCAGCUGUGGGAGAUUCUGCGUGGUCCGACUUCCCUAAGACUCAUCGUCCAUGGAGAUGAUAGCUCUUUCCUACCACUCCCACUCUAUUCUUGCAGAGCUGAGCCCCAUCUAUGCUCUUGGCUGCAACAUGAUCUGCCAUCCCAGCAGAAACAAAUAAUCCCUCAACAGAAGAAUGGUCAAGUCCUAAAAGCUAUUUCUAUGGCAGGAGAAGGCAAGUCAAAAUUAACAAGCUAAGCCAAAGGGAACCUUUUGGCACACAGAAGGUAAUGAGUUAGUAAAACAUAUGCUAGAAAUGUAACUGGCAACAGAAAGCAAUGUUCAUAUCUAACAUUCAGGACGAGUUUCAGAAGACACGGGUCAGUGAGCACCAGAAAGUUAACAGGCAGUUAAGCUUCACCUUAGUAAAAAAUGAGUUCCCAUUAUAGAGACAGCCUGCAGCAGCCAGGAUGGAAACAGGAUACUGAUAUAUAAAACCUGAGACAUAGCUGCAGCCACUACUUCUUCCUCAUGGUUUAUUGUCUGUACUGUACCACUGUACAUUUUAACUGUCUUUGUUUUAAAACCCAUUCUGUGGUUAUAAUGCAGACAGUAGUGUUACUAUAGAAAUGUUUUUUUGAAAGGCUAGAAAUGUUUUUUCAGGUUUUCAAAUGCUGAACUAAGGGGAUUCCAAAGAGUGCGUAUUAAAAUAUAUAGAAACACAGUGGUUAGCUAUGCAACAUAAAGCACACAAGCUAUUAUCUUAACAAAUGUGGGUUGUUAUGUAGUUAACCAGAAGGGUCUCUUCUACUCUUAGUAGGCAUUGGUCUUAAAAACCAAACAAACCAAACCUGUAAGGAAGAGACGCCAGGGCUGUGUGAUGCCACCUCCAAGGCCCCAGGGUUCAGAGGUUCAGCAGUGGAACUGGGGGUGUGAAAGCCAUACCCUUUCCACUGUGCCAAAAUCGUCUGCCUACACUGGCAGACAGGUUUGCAGUGGCCUGACACAAGCACCUUUUCUUUCACAAGAAAUCCAUCUGUGGCCUCUUCACCAAAGCCAUAGUGCAGAUUUGAGGCACUCGACCUCCAUGCCCAGAGCUUUUCCCGUCUCAAUAUUAUUAUUAUUCAUUCUGACUUCGGAAACUUGGCUCUGAAACAAAUGGUUCACUAAGCUAAUGAUCUGCUGUAUUGGUUUUGCUUUCAAAAAGCUCUAACUGUGCCAAGGAAAUACUUGUGUAAGAUCAGAUUUUUUUUUUUUUUUUAAUUUACUGAUCACAAACACUUGGCUUACCAGCAUAGGCAGCCUUUGUGGCUGAGCAGUAUUCCCAGGGUGUGAAACCUCCAUACCCUUUCCAAGAUAGUUACUGAAGAAACUGUCUUCUUGCUUAGAUUCACGGCUGCUUUUACAUUUCCUUUCACUGACAGUAAAUUGUGCCACUCUCCAUACCCUGUAGGACAAUGAACACCCAGAAUUCAACCCAAGACAGAAGAAAACCCUCAAAUAUGGCUUAAGAAGCUGAGUCAUAUGGUUUGUUCUUCCUCCUCCCAGGCCCACUUGAGUAGCAAAGGAUCCAGCAUGUUUUCCUUUGCUUCCUGCAGAGGGUAGAAACUACUCGUAGUUCUCUUUCCAACACUCCAUUGCAUACUUGAGUAUAAUCCCCUAGGCUCCAAGGCAUUGGAGCGCCCAUUCUGUAAAAGCCAGCCUGCCCAGGAACUGCCUAACACAUCCACCCCUGACCAAAGUGACACAUACUUUUUCCAUAUCAAACAAACAUGGGAAGAGAAUAAGGUUUCUUUAAGAAAGGCUGUUUGUGGUUAGAGCUACAUAAGAAUCUGUUAAAGGGUAGAGUAUAGUCUUCAUUCCCCAAGAUAAAAAUCACUGUUACAUGGACAAAUGGUUAUUAGGCCAGAUUUGUACUCAUCUCUGUCUAGAACAUUUCAUGUCUAUGUGUUGCUUAUGUUGUCUGUCUGCAAAGUGUCUUAGCUCUUUUAAUCACUGCAAAUAAAGCAAUACUGAAAACUUGAGAGAGAAAAUGCACCUUAGGGGAAGGGGCCAAAUGUUUCUAGAGGGAAGAGGAAGACCUUCUCCUGCCUUCUUAUAAGACCCAGCUUGUGUCUUACCCAUGAGUUUAUUAGCAGGGCAGGCUGUAACAUUCGUUCUCCCCCAACUGGUCCUCAGCCUUCCGUAGCUACCUUAAAAGCUGGAGUUUGAAUUGCAGGGCCUGGUUGACAGGUGCCAGCUUCCUCGUGGCAGAGCAAAAGCUGCUGCUUUUCAUAUUCUGUUGCCUCCUUUUCUUGUGGCCCCAAGGAUCCCACCAAUCCUCAUUCCCCCUAAAUGUUAAAAGAAAAUUCCUUAUUGUGGAUAUUAAGUUACACUGUAAGCAUAUUUACAUGCUCUUUUUCCCCCCUGGUUUUUCUUUUCAUCAUGUAUAAUUUGAAUCCAGUGAUAGUCUCACAUCUUCCAAAAAAGUCUGCUUAUGUGAUAUAGAAGAGAAAUAUUAAAGUAGACUGAAGGGGAACUUGUGAAACAUUAAGCAUUGUUCUCAACCGUUUAAUUUAUUGAAAGGAGAAGCUGCUACUGAGCAGCUGCUAUUCUUUUGUUUACAUAGAGUCUGGUUUUGUUUGUUUUGCUCUGUGCUGGGAACAUAAAUAAAGUUUUCUACAUUAUUUUCAGUCAUAA